GCCCCUCGCCCCUCCCGCAUAGCUGUGCCUUCCAGGCCAGUGGUUACCGCUCUCCGCCGGUGGCUUUGGGUCACACCGCUACCGUGGAGUCCUUGUGGCUCCUUGUUUACCAAACGUAGUGAAUGCAGUUAGCCCAGGUGGCCAGCCCAGCCCUCCACCAGGGUCAUUCCCGCCUACUAAGAUUGCCGGGACCGCUAGCCCUCCAGCUUCCUCCUUCACCAGAUUUUCAGCUACUGAUGUUACAAACAAAAUAUUGCAGCAUAGAGUUGAGGAAAAGACUUAAACCAGAUUUUUCUUUAGUCAGUUAAAAAUAUGGAUCCUGAGUCAGAGGGACCACAGAUUAUCAAAGUGACACCCCUUCAACAAAUGUUUGCCUCUUGUACUGGAGCUAUCCUGACAUCACUAAUGGUGACUCCUCUGGAUGUCGUUAAAAUUCGACUGCAAGCACAAAGGAGCCCAUUCUCCAAAGGAAAAUGUUUUGUAUAUAGUAAUGGACUUAUGGAUCAUCUAUGUGUUUGUGAAGAGGAAGGCAACAGAGCAUGGUAUAAGAAGCCAGGACGAUUCCAGGGUACAUUGGAUGCCUUUUUGAAAAUCAUUCGAAAUGAGGGCAUUAAAUCCCUGUGGAGUGGCCUUCCCCCUACUUUAGUGAUGGCAGUUCCUGCCACAGUCAUUUAUUUUACCUGCUAUGAUCAAUUAACUUAUUUUCUGAAAUCAAAAUUAGGAGAAAAUGAAAGUCAUAUACCAAUUGUUGCUGGAAUUGUUGCUAGAUUUGGUGCAGUAACUGUGAUAAGUCCAUUAGAAUUGAUUAGAACCAAGAUGCAAUCUAAGAAGUUUUCUUAUGAAGAAUUACAUCGAUUUAUCAGCAGGAAAGUGUCUGAAGAUGGUUGGAUUUCCCUUUGGAGGGGCUGGGCUCCUACUGUUCUUAGAGAUGUACCAUUCUCAGCACUGUACUGGUAUAACUAUGAAGUUUUAAAGAAGUGGCUGUGUGAGAAAUCUGGUUUAUAUAAACCAACAUUUAUGAUCCACUUUACUUCAGGGGCAUUGUCUGGUUCUAUUGCAGCUAUUGCAACUUUGCCGUUUGAUGUGGUAAAAACACAAAAGCAGACACAACUUUGGAUAGAUGAAUGUCAUAAAAUUUCUAUGCCUUUGCAUAUGUCAACGUGGACUAUCAUGAAGAACAUUGUUGCUAAGAAUGGGUUUGCAGGAUUAUUUACAGGCCUCAUUCCCCGUUUAAUUAAAAUUGCUCCUGCUUGUGCCAUUAUGAUCAGUACCUAUGAAUCUGGGAAGGCUUUUUUCCAGAUGCAGAAUGCCAGAAGACAACAGUACCAGUGACGCUGUUUCAACUUGAAGUAACAACCAAAGCCAAAUAAUAAGUUGGAGAUUCUUAGGCAAGGACUCUCACCAUUAUCUCAAAAUGAUUUAUUUUCUGUUUUAUAACUUAAAUAGGUAGUAGUUUCUGCUUUGCCUCUAAAUCAUAAUCCUAAGUUAAAAAUAAGUUCCGUUACCCUAAUUUUUGAGAUACUGAAAAAGAUAUUCCAGAAAUCACAUCCACUAAAUGUCCCUGUAAAGAAAAGAAAAAUUAGUCCUAAGUACUGAAAGCAAUAAUCUGAGAGUUUGAUAAUUGAGAAUGUGUAGGAUGUAUCAGAACAUUUUGAAUUGUGUUCUUAAUGAUGUGGAGAGUCUAGAAGAAAAAUGCCCAAGUCUUUUAUACAUACCUAAAUCAUGCGUGUAGAUAUUUAAGUAUUUCAGCAAAGUAUAUAAUAGAUGGCAGUCUUUAAGUAACAUUAUUUGCAUUUAGCAAAUAAUACCUAUUACUUUCUUUAAUUCAAAUGCAUUAGUUUUUUUUGUUUUUUUUUUUUUUUUUACUUCCUGUUGCUGUUUUAAGGCUUCACCAGUGUUAGGAUUUCUUCAUUCAAAGGUAUGGCUAUUUUAUCUUUAUGAAUCAAAAUAUAACUGUUUAUGUGCUAUAGGUGGUAUUUUUGAUGAUUAAAGACUAUUCACUGUUUCUGCAAAAGAGGAGUCGUCUUUCUGAUGGUGUUAAAUGUUUGGCACAGUGGCUCUUGGCUGAGCAGAAAACCACAUUACAUUAGUAAAAUUUAUGUUUCAGCCUAGGAAGGGCCUCUGGUUUCAGCCAUCUUGUAAUUCAGAUAUCACUGUUUGUGGAGUUCUGUAGGUCACUUGUACUGGCUUCUUCUAACACAAUAGAGAUUACUAAUAUACUAUAAGACACAAAAUAUUUCCAAAAUGUCCCUCGAUUUUACACAUCUUCAUGUUAGUAUGCUAGAUCAAGAGACUAAAGAGGCAGCAGUUUCCUUGAAGAAAUAGCUUUCAGUCACUGUAGGCUAACGCCUCAGUAAUGUUGCUUAUGACUGCAGGAAUGAGACAGGGAAGGGUUAUGAAGACAGGACAAAAGUGAUACCCUUUUUUUGUUUUUGUUUCAUUUUCCCAGGAUCUGUAUCCUAUAAGAAAAAGCACUUUAUUGCAGUCUACAUGUAUGCUAGGAAAUGUGAAGUAUUUUUUGUUCUAAAAUAGAGUAAUAUGUUCAGGUGACAGACCUCUAGUGUUUGUAGAGGGACUAAUGUACUUUGUAUUAUAGAAAAGAGUUUAUUUCACCAGAACAGAUCGUGUGUGUAUGUAGUCUUUUGUGUUUGUUUUACCCUCUAUUGAUUUACCUUAAAAUUGCAAUAUCUAUAAAAUCAUAAAUAUUUAUGACUUUGACAUUUUCAUUAAAAUAUUUUGAUUUCUUAAAAGUAUGACUGUGCGUCAAGCUAAAUAUUUUCAUACAAAAUCAUUAUUUUAAUGCUAUACUUUAUAUAAGAAAGUUUUAUCUUGAACACUGAUGUUUAACAGUAUUACAUUUAUUUUAUUUUAUUUUUUUAACAGUAUUAAAUUUACCUUGGUUCUGUUAUGCUUCUUUUUGGUAACUGAUCAGUAGAAAACAAAAAUUUUAAUUUGUAACUUUUAAAAAGCAGUCUGAUAUUUCACCUUAAUAGUAAUACCAACAGGGAUACUGCCACCAUCCCCAGUACUGUAUGACUGCAUAUAUGGAAAAUUCUUAUCAUUCAGGAUUAAAAUAAAUAAAUCUAAUUCCUUAGAAGCUUUUCUAAUACAUACUACAUGCAGCGUAUCUGGAUGAAAAGAAGAGUGAAAUGAAGUUUUUUCUGUACUUAGGUGGUAGAGGUAGAGAAGCAUUAAUGUUUUAUUUAAAUAAAUAGCAGCUAAAAAGUGCUUGGCUAGAAAUUAUAUUCUAUGUAAUGUUUCUGAAAGCAGUUUCCUUCUAUUUAUGUUAAGUUUUCUAACACAUACAUUUGACUUAUGUGUAAGUUUUUUAAUCCAUGUAUUACAUACUUGCUACCUUCCAUAUAAUACACAUUUGACUUUUUAAAAAAGCAGAGAUGAAAUUAAAUUUUUCUUUUAUUUCUAAGAAAACUAUUCACUAUACAUAUUUAACCACAUGACUUUUUUAUGCAUUUUUUGAUAUUUUUUAUUUUUUUCAAUAUAUGAAAUUUAUUGUCAAAUUGGUUUCCAUACAACACCCAGUGCUCAUCCCAAAAGGUGCCCUCCUCAAUACCCAU